AUGCUGCGUCUGGCUGCUUUUGCAGCACUGCUGCUAUUCUUCAGGGUCAGCCUGGAGCUGUCCUGGGCCCAAUCCAUCCCCGCUCUCUUCAUCUUCUACCUGGGAUCCGGCGGAUGGGACUUCUUCCUCAUAUUCAUGAAGACAAUACGAAGGGACGUCACCACCGGGCUGGUCCUGUUGCGGGUGAAGUGGCAGGUGUGGAGGCACGUGAGGGAGAAGAACACAGUCGCCAAGAUCUUCCAGAAGACAGCGAGCAAACAUCCAGAGAAGACAGCACUGAUCUUCCAAGGCACGGGCGAGAGCUGGACCUUCCGGCAGCUGGAUGAGUUCUCCAACAGGGUGGCCAACUUCUUCUGCGCCCAAGGCUUCCGCUCUGGUGACGUGGUGGCUCUUUUCAUGGAGUCCCGCAACCAGUACGUGGGACUGUGGCUGGGCUUGGCCAAGAUCGGGGUGGAGACGGCCCUCGUGAACUCCCACCUGCGCAGGGAGGCCUUGCUGCACUGCAUCACCAUCUCCAGCUCCAAGGCUGUGGUUUUUGGGGUGGAGAUGACGGAAGCAAUGCAGGAGGUGCAGCCCUCCCUGGAGAAGUCAAUCCAUCUCUUCUGGUCUGGGGAAGGAAGCCCCGAGUCCACGCUUCCUGGUGCAAAACACCUGGACCCCCUCCUGCAGACGGCCCAGCGGCACCAGCCAACCCCCCCUGAGAAGGGCUUUCUUGAUAAACUCUUCUACAUCUACACCUCUGGCACGACGGGGCUGCCCAAAGCUGCCAUCGCGGUGAACUGCCGGUACUUCCGCAUGGCCAGCCUGGUUUUUUACGGUUUCCGCAUGAGGCCGGAGGAUGUGCUGUACGACUGCCUCCCGCUCUACCACGCCGCCGGGAACAUCGUGGGGGUCGGGCAGUGCCUGCUGCAGGGCAUGACGGUUGUCAUCCGCAAGAAGUUCUCAGCCUCACACUUUUGGGAGGACUGCGUGAAAUACAACUGCACGAUUGUGCAGUACAUCGGGGAGAUCUGCCGCUCCCUGCUGACCCAGCCCUACCAGGAGGCGGAGCGGCGGCACCGGGUGCGCAUGGCGCUGGGCAACGGGCUGCGCGCCUCCAUCUGGCGCGAGUUCAUGGCCCGCUUCGGCAUCGCCCAGGUGGCCGAGUUCUACGGGGCCACCGAGUGCAACUGCAGCCUGGGGAACUUCGAUAACAACGUUGGGUCGUGUGGCUUCAACAGCAGGAUCCUACCGGGUGUGUACCCCAUUGGCUUGGUGAAGGUGGAUGAAGACACCAUGGAGCUGAUCCGGGGGCCCGACGGUCUCUGUAUCAGCUGCAAACCAGGGGAGCCAGGACAGCUGGUGGGCCGCAUUGUCAAGAGCAACCCCUUGCAGCACUUUGAUGGCUACUUGAACCAGUCGGCCACCAACAAGAAAAUCGCCAGGGACGUGUUUACAAAAGGGGACUUUGCCUAUCUCACAGGGGAUGUCCUGGUGAUGGACAAAUAUGGCUACAUGUACUUCCGGGACCGCACCGGGGACACGUUCCGCUGGAAGGGGGAGAACGUCUCCACCACAGAGGUGGAGGGGACACUGAGCCGCAUCCUCAGCCUGACGGACGUGGUGGUUUAUGGGGUGGAAAUCCCAGGUAGCUGAGAAGGUAGAGGACAAUCGGGGGAGGCAGGCAGACCUCUGGCACUCGAAUGUGAGCGUGUCCUGCACGUUCAGAUCGAUGUGUCCUUCUGUAGGAGGCUGGACCGAGGCUCCCCUCAGCGAGCNNNNCCCGUGUUCCUGCGCUGCCUGCGGGAAGUCUCCAAGACAAGCACUUACAAGUUCCAGAAGACGGAGCUGCGGAAGCAGGGGUUUGACCCCACGCUGGUGAAGGACAGGCUGUACUUCCUGGACUCCAGGCAAGGCCGCUACCUGCCGCUGGACCAGGCAGCGUUUGGCAGGAUCCAGUCAGGAGAGCAGAAGCUGUAA